AUGCCAUUCUCAUUCGGAGUCAAGCAAUAUGUCAAAGUUAUUGCAAUUGUUCAUCUAAUUUACGCAAUUGCAUUCAUAAUUGGACUAGAAUCCAACAACCAUAAUUAUCAUUUGAAAAUUCUAAUCUCUUCAUUUCUUAUCUUUUGUUCUUUCUUCAUCAGUGUCGACGCCUUUUCAAUGAUUUUCACUGAUCAAUAUCUUCUCUGUGAACAUCGAGAAACGAGAGAAGAUUUUGAAACUAAAAAACCAAUUGGAGGAACAAUUUGCCACGUGGCAAUCCGGAGAGCUUUCAACAAACGAAAGGAUUUGGGAGAUCUUCCAGCUGAUUUUCAGUAUGAUGAUGAUAUUAAAUUGCAUCCGAAAUGGUAUACGAAAUAUCAACCUUCGUGUACGGCUUAUUAA